AUGUAAUAACAUCAAUCAUAACCAACGUUUAAUCCUAAGCACUUGUUUACUAUGAAAAAGUAUUUCAAUGGGUAUGUGCAAUAAAACAGAUUUUUUCACAAAAAAACUGAAACAAAAUCUGACAGUGGAAGUGAUGUAUUUAAGGAUAUCUAAUAACUGCCGCAAAUAGUAUAAAGAAUUGAUAGAAGAAUUGAGAAUGUGAACUAUAAAUAUAAAAGUGCUCCUAUGAUUGAAAAGAAGAAACAGAACUUACGCAAACUCUCUUUUCCAGUACUUAAGUAUUCCCCGACAGAGAAUUAAGUUUAAUUGUAGAAGAUUAAAGAUCUGAUAGAAUAGCACACCUCAAGAGUUAUUGUAAAAGAUGACAUGCUCAAACAUAUGGUUGGUUAUAGCAAGAUUUCGCAGAUGAUUAUUUGA